AUGGCGCAGAGCUUGAUAUUUCUGGAGGAUGAGCGGCUCAGAGAAGGUGUGCGGUCCCAGCAGGCCUUCAGGACCCAGCCAAAGAACGUGACGGCGAAGGCGGGCGCCACGGUGGUUCUGAAGUGUGAGGUGCUGCGGCCCUCAGGGGUCGUCCAGUGGGCCAAAGACGGGUUUCUCCUGGGACCCCAGCGGGACCUGCCCGGCUUCCCCAGAUACCGAAUGAUCGGGAACGAGAAGAGAGGACAGUACCAUCUGCAGAUUGAGAAGGUGGCGCUUGAAGAUGACUCCCCCUAUGAAUGCCAAGUGGGUCGGUCCGAGAGCAGCAGCGCAAUGGUCUCCCAUACCGCAUGGAUCACUGUGCUGAUUCCCCCCUCGACCCCCGCUAUUACAGCCGAGAUGGAGGAGCCCUGGGUGGCGGGACAGGAGUACACCGUCACCUGCACGGCCCCCGAUGCAAAACCAGCUGCCGAAGUCACCCUGUUCCGGAAUGGAGUGGAGCUGACCGACAUUGACUCUUUCACCAUGUCUGGCUCAGAGGAAAAGCUCCUGAACACGGAGGCCGUGGUGAAGUUUACAGCCCACAGCUCGGAUAACGGUCAGAAGCUGGUAUGUCGUGUUAAGAACCCCGCCAGUCCCCGGCCCUUGGAUGCUAGCCUGGUCAUGAAUGUGUACUACCCACCGACGGCCCCCGUGAUCGAGGGGCUGGACAGUGAUGAGGUGAAGGCCGGGACGCUUCUCAAGCUGGUGUGUUUAUCAUACGGGGGCAACCCGCUGGCCACUCUGCACUGGACCAAGAAUAAGGAGGUGCUGUCCACCAGCUGGGAGAUGGACAUGGAAUCCCAGAAGUCCAGCAGUGCCCUGACCCUGCAGGUGACGCCGGAGGACAACCAUGCUGUGUUGUGCUGCGAGAGCGUCAACCAGGUGUCCCCCCAGCCUCUGUCCCUCAGCCGGACACUGCAUGUCCUGUUUGAGCCCACAGAGGUGAAGGUUCUGGGGUCCUUUGAGGCGGUGGAGGGGAAGGAGGUGAAUCUGUGCUGCUACACGACCUCCAGCAACCCGCCCGUCCAAAUCCGCUGGUGGCUGGGCUUCAGAGAGCUCAACGACACUGUGGUCACUGUCAGCGAGGGUAACAACGGAGGGAUGGCCACCAUGUCCAACCUGACUCACCGAGUGUCCCAGGAGGAGAACGGUCUGCCCCUCACCUGUGAGGCCUUCAACAAGGGGACACGCUUCUCCAAAACACAGUCCUCUCCUCUACAGGUGUUCUACCCCCCUCAGAAAGUGUGGAUGGAUGCCCCGCCCCCGGGGGUCGCCCUGCGCUCUGGAAACACAGUUCGGCUGGUGUGUUUCUCCAGUGGUGGAAACCCCACUGGACGUCUCACCUGGUUUAAGGGUAAAACCCCAUGUGACAACCAGAGGGCAGUUUCCUCACAGAAGAGUGUCUCUCGAGAGCUGGUCCUUGUCCUCCAGCCCAGUGACAAUAUGGCCACCUACCGCUGCGAGGCCACCAACCAGGCCAAGAAGGUCCUGUCUGUCCAGACUCAGCUGCGGGUCCAGUUCCCGGCGAUAAAUGUGAAGAUUACGACCAAUCAGAAGGAGACGCGGAGAGGGGAGACUCUGCGGUUGGAGUGCAUCUCGGGAAGCAGCAACCCCAAAGCCAACAUCUCGUGGAGCCUGGGUGCGGAGAGGCUGAAGGGAGUCGACCAGGCCCCUAAGAAGGCCGAGUAUGGGGGGGUGUCAGUUCGCAGCGUGCUCUCCCUUCCCCUCUACUCACAACACAAUGGCCGUAGGGUCACCUGCCAGGCCUUCAGCUCCCUGCUGUCAGAGGGCGUCAACACCUUUUAUAAGCUCAACGUGCUCUAUCCUCCUGAAUUCGGCCCAGACCAAUCAAAAGUGGUCCAAGCAGUUGAGGAUGACAUCGCCCACCUCCCGUUGAAAGUCUCAGCCAAUCCAGACGAGAUCUCCUGUGAAUGGAUCUAUCGAGGCCAAACACUAAUUAAAGAGAGGGACGAGAGGUACCACUGGAGGGGGGAUCUGGAGUUGGAGCUGGAGAUCUGGAAUGUGACCAGGAGGGACUCCGGGAACUACACCGUCGUCUGUAAGAACGACGAGGGGGAGAACCGCACCACCGUCAACCUGGAUGUUCACUAUGCCCCUAGCGUGAAAGCGCGCACAGACCCAACCCGCGUAGACCUGGGCCAGACGGCAGACCUCGAGUGUGUCGCCGAAGCCAACCCCGUCGUAACCGGAAUGUUCUCCUGGGAGUGGCUGGGUGUCGAUGAUGACCUGCCUGGGUCUCAGAAAGAAGACGGGGACGUUGGGUGGCUGACCAUCCCCGAGGUCACCCGCUUUCACAGCGGGCGCUACAGAUGCACAGUGAAAAACGGCAUAGCGCCCCCUGCCAGCGCGGAUAUUGAACUCAUCGUACGUUUUAAGCCAGAGAUCAAGAAGGGGCCGCAGUGGAGCAAGGUGGCGAGUCGGGGGGACGGAACCAGCACCGCUGAGGUGAUCUGUCAGGCUGAGGGGAUCCCAAAGGUGGACUUCACCUGGGCGAAGAACAACAUCACCAUGGAUUUCACCAACCCCAGGUAUUUGGAGAGGACGCUGAGAGAGGGUUUGGUUCACACCAGCACGGUGACCAUUGUGAAUGUGAGCGCAGCUCUGGACUAUGCCGUGUUCACCUGCACUGCAAGGAACACCCUGGGGGAGGACAGACUGGACAUCCAACUGCUCAGCACCAACCACCCCGACCCUCCCUCAGAUCUGAAACUGGUCAGCAUCACCCAGCACACCGUCACACUGCAGUGGACCGCUGGGUUCGACGGGGGCUUGGAGCAGAAGUUUCGUGUCAGGUACCGCUGGCCAGACUCUGUUAGUUACCUGUACAUGGAUGUCUUCCCGCCCAAAGACACUUCCUUCACUGUCACUGGCCUUUACCCUGGUACUACCUACAACUUCUCCGUUAAUGCCAUCAACGCCAUUGGGGAGAGCCAGUAUGCCGAUGACAACGCAGUACUCACAGUCACCACCAGGGAUCCCUCGAGAAUGCCACUAUCUCUGGUGGUGACUUUGGCAGUGGUGGGUGGAGUCUUGCUGCUCCUGAACCCAUUGGGCUGCUUUUUGGGGUUGAGGUGGUGGAGGAGGAGGCGGGGUCUGACAGGUAACCGCGAAGGCGCUAGCCCUGAUGUGUCAUCUUUUGACGCCGUGUCCACAGUGACAGAGCUGAACCGAUACGAGGGAGGGGAGCUGAUUAACUUGGCUGCCCGGCGCACCCUGCUGGCAGACAGCGGUUCAGAGCCAGGGAGCAGCGUCUACGAGAGCUACGGAGGGGAGAGCGGCCACUACUACUACCCCACCAGUGACUUCCGCCCGACACUCUACCCUCACACAGAGGGACCAGACGGACGAGAUGGUGGCUACAGCACAAGCCUUGGGGCUCACAUCUAUGAGGAUGGAGCCUAUCAAAGAAGAAGAAGGGAGCUGCCUGAUCAGGAUCCACCAAUUAGAGUGUAUGGUAGUCUGACUGAUCACCGCCUUCCCCUGAGUGACUCUGAGCUUCCUUUUGAGCUGCGAGGAGAGUUAGUCUGA